AUGAAAAUAAAUUUAAAUAAAAUUAAAAUUCUAAAGAAAUUUAAUUUAUACACAUUAUACGGAUUUACUAAUAAAUUAAAUUUCUAUUAUUCUACUACUAGAAAAUAUAUAUCUUAUAAAUUAGUAAAAAAUAUUCAAAUAUUGAAAACUAUUUAUAAUUUAAAAAACAAAAGAUUAAAUAAUUAUCUGGAAUACAAUAUUUAUAAGCUUAUAGAUUUUCUUAAAAUUUUAAAAUCUAGAGUAGAUUAUAUUUUACUGGAAUCUGAAUUAUUUUUAACUUUAAACCAUAUUAGACAAAAUAUAAUUCACAGGCAUAUACUGCUUAACAAUAAAACUAUAAUAAAUUAUAGUUAUAUAAUAAGCACAAAUGACAUAAUACAUCUUUUAAAUUUUGAUAUAAAUAAAACUAUAAAUAUCAUUAUUUAUAAUUUUUUAUUUAAAAAUUUAAAAGCUUAUUAUACGUAUAGAAAUAUAUGUAAAAAAUUUAAAAAUAAAAAAUAUAUAAAAACUAUAGUUGUAAAUAAAAAUUCCAUUCUAUUUGGUAAUUAUGUGUGUUAUAAAAAUUUUAAAGUUUUAAUAAACAGCUACAAAAGUUUUAAUUAUACUUCUAUUCCGUCUUAUAUUAUAAAUAGAGAUAAAAUUUAA